AUGGCGUACAAAGUACAAUACAUGUGGCAUCCCACACACAAGGUGUCCGACCUGGUCGCGUGUGAGAAGUUCUUUCGGGACGUGUUCAACUUGGAGAGCACACCCGUGGAAGCGAACCUGCCGCCGAAAGAAGAAUGCCCGACAUAUCCGCGCGACUACUCGAUCCUGACCAUGAUCCGCGAGGUCAUGUUCGAUUGUGUGGACCCGAAAAAAUACAUCGUUGAGGGCAGGCAGUCGCUCGAGGAUGUGAAGGCGCCAGGCCAUCUGUUCUGCUUCGGACUGGCCGUGGACGGCGCCGACGAGAUCUACCGCGUGUGCAUCGAGAAUGGCAUCCGGAGCACUGACCAGGCGAACCGGCUGGGCAGUCUCAAGAAACCGCCGACCACGGGUUUUAAAAACGCAACCCUCUUCUUCACCCUGCCCGAGAGCGCUGGGCUGCGGUAUCAGAUCUACCCUUGUAGCGCGACGGGUCCGCCUGAUCCGCGGGCGGAGCCAGGCUGGACGCUCCCUCCCGUAUCGGAGAGCGACCCUUUGUGCCUGGAGUUCUGCUCUCACCACACAAUCCUCUCAGCGAGUCCUAUCAAGGCCUUCAAUUUCCUCAUCGGCAUCCUGAAGGGCAGGAUCAUCCACCAAAGCCGCAAUGAGCUCCUCGAGACGGACAGUACAUACAUUUCUCUUGGAGAUGGCGUGUACGAGAUUGCGGUGCCGACGCGUGCCGGCUCCUUUGCGGCAGAGGAUCUCAAGUUCAAUGCCCCCUUUGACACAUAUCAUGCGCUGACUUGGAAAGUGAGAGAUCUGGCCAAGGUCCGGCGGCACCUAGAAGACAAGACGAUUCCGCUGUUGAUGCAGGACGAGCACAUGGUGGUCACCGAUCCAAAGUAUACUAUUGGGGUGCCCUGGGGUUUCACGGACAGAAAGGUGCCGGGUGAUUUGAGACUAUCACCAUGA